GGAACAGCGCAGGCAGCCUGCAGUUUGAUGCUAAUGGAGAGGGGCUAGCUACGGUAACCCACCCGGCCAGACCCCCAUACACACACACACACACACACACACACACACACACACACUCACGCACACACUCACACACACUCAGCCGCCUGCGUCAACAGCCUGCCUCGCUCUUCGCUCCACUCCGUUAGCAAUGCGUUGUGUUUGAGGCUGUCGCGAGGCCGGCUGGUAACAACUGACCUGGAAAGUGUUUCAGUGGAGCUGGGCUGAUAUCAGACCGCUCGUGGCAGGCUGGCUCCGUCAGUCGGAGGACUAAAAAAAACGGGAUUUAAAGGGCGAGAUUUGUGGAGUGUGGAGACACGCGAGGACUGGAGACCGGAGACACCACCAUUCGGGGAUCAGCAGGACAGACGAGACGAGACGAGACGCAUCCAGCACCGCGGGCGUCUUUUAUUUUGUCGAGCGAAUUAUUCAUUUUGCCGAAAAGAAAUCCACAUUGUGAAGCCAUGCCAGACAGACAGGCGUGCUACACCCGCGCUCUACGCUUCGCUUUCCACAGGAGUCGCGUUUGUACAGGCCGCUGAGCGCUGACUACACAACCCCAACGGCUGGAGCAGCGCAUCGUAGCUGGUGUGUGUGUGAGUGUGUGUGUGUGUGUGUGUGUGUGUGAGACAGUAGGCCAUGUUGAGUAUUCUGGCUGCAGGGUCGGUCUUCUUCCCCGGCCUCUUCCUGCUCUCCAAGCAGCUGCUCAAACACACACCGCGGCUACGCUGGAGCGAAGGAGAUGCGGUGGUGGUCAGCGCCAGGUUGGUGUCCUCCAUUCAGGCCAUCAUGGCCUCUUCCGCUGGUUACAUCAUUUCCACUUCCUGUGAUGACAUCAUCGAGGACAAGCAUUGGCUGACCAGCGCCUACAUCCUGUUUGCGGUGCCCUACUUCGCGUAUGACAUCUACGCCAUGUUCCUGUGCCACUGGCACAAGCUGCGGGUCAAAGGUCACGAGGAGGUGGAGAACGGUCCGCGUCCCACGGCGACGGCCUUCCUCAGCUACCUGCGCCGCGAGUUCCUCAUGGUGCUGCACCACGUCGUCAUGGUCACUGUCUGCUUCCCCGUCUCCGUGUUCUGGAGGCAGGGCCGUGGGGAUUACUUCCAGGGCGUCAUGUUCCUGGCCGAGCUGAGCACGCCGUCAGUCUGCCUCGGCAAGAUCCUCAUCCAGUAUAAGCAGCAGCAUACUCUCCUCCACAAAGUCAAUGGACUUCUCAUGCUGGUCACUUUCUUCGUCUGUCGAGUGCUUCUCUUCCCCUACCUGUACUUCGUCUACGGCAGGUAUGCGUCUAUCCCGUUCCACCUGGUCCCCCUGGCGGUGCCGUGGCAGUGUAACGUGGGCGCUGCGCUCCUGAUGGCCCCGCAGGUCUACUGGUUCUCUCUGAUCUGCAGGGGGGCCCUACGCCUCUUCAGGGGGGUGGCCGGCCGCUCCUCACGCCCCCCACAGGGCCCCACAUCGUCCCCGACCCCCCAGCCCUCCCUCCUCCCAGACAGCCCCAACACAAAGCAGCACCCCGACACUUCCUCCUCCUCCUCCUCCUCCUCCUCCUCCUCCUCGCCUCCCCACCCCGCCCACCCCGCGCAGCCAGCCAAUGGCUACAAUGCUCGCAUGCCAGAGCAGGAGACAGCCACGCCCACACACUGAAACAGGAAGAGAGGACAGGAUGUCAAGGAUGGACGAAGGGACGGAAGGAUGGAUGGAUGGAUAGCUGGACGGAGGAGUGAAGGAACAGGUGAAGGACAAGAAGGAGAAUGGAAAAUGGAGGAGGAGGAGAGGGAUUGGAUGAAAAGGGAAACAGGAAAAGAGGAAGAUGGAAGAGGAAGAGAAGAGAGGACAGGUGGUGGGCGGCUGGGUGCUUGCCUGUGAUUGGACACUUAUUAUGGGACUGAGAUGGGGGGGGGGGGAGGGGUGAUGACGUGAUGGGGUGACAUCGUAGCCUGGUGGCAGGCGUCAUGGUGACCGGGUGGCAUGGUGACAGGUUGCCGUGGCAACCGAGUGGAGUGGUGGGUGGCAUGAGGGUGAUGAUGGCGUGUAGAUGUAGUUAUUGAACAGACAGACAGACAGACAGACAGACGUGUGUCGGCCGGCCAUGACUGACUGGUAGACAGACAGACAGACAGGCAGGCAGGCAGACAGACAGCCACUCUGUUGCUUUCAUCUGUGAAAACUCUCCAGGCCUCUGGUCUAAAUCCACCAAUCGUGUGCAGGCCCCACCCAAUCAGGUGAAGGCCCUUGGCCUUAGCCCACCAAUCCGGUGCCAGGCCCCUGGCCUAGCCCACCAAUGGCGUGGCAGAGAGUUUUCCCAGGGGGAACCGGCGCCCUGUUGCGGUCACACAUAGUGGGAGGCGGAGGUGAAAAAAGAAAACAAAACCGUUGUUUCAAAUAUAUAUAUAUGUGUGUGUGUGUGUAUAUACAGUAUAUUCCAUGACCUAUUUAACAUGUAUGUACAUUUAAGCCUAUGCCCUCGUCCCAGCCCAAGGGGGUCAGCUACAGACAUGACUACUAAUAACUUACCUACGAGCUUAGAUACAACCUCAGCGUACACGCACACACACAGACAGACAGAAACACACACACACACACACACACACACACACACACACACACACACACACACACACACACACACACACACAGGCAUGUUGACAGUGUAGGGAUGGCUGGACGGGGAAAGGGAACCUUACUAAGCAGCACUUUGGAUU